AAGAAUCAGAUAGCAAUGAAUCCGGUCAAUACCAUAUUUGAUGCUAAGCGUUUUAUUGGAAGGAGAUUCAGUGAUGACAUGGUUCAGGCUGACAAGAGUUUGUAUCCUUUCAAGAUCACUGGAGGACUCAAUGACAAGCCUGUGAUUUUAGUUACAUACAAAGGCGAAGAGAAAAAAUUCUCAGCUGAAGAAAUUUCAUCAAUGGUUCUCUCCAAGAUGAAGGAGACAUCUGAAGCUUAUCUUGGCGUCACUGUUAAAAAUGCAGUGAUAACAGUCCCAGCUUAUUUUAACGAUUGCCAGCGACAAGCAACCAAAGAUGCUGGAACUGUAGCUGGCCUGAAAAUUUUGCGAAUGAUCAAUGAGCCUACAGCAGCUGCAAUUGCAUAUGGUUUAGAGAACAAAGCUGGUAUAACCGAUGAGACAAAUGCUCUUAUCUUUGAUUUGGGUGGUGGAACAUUUGAUGUCGCUCUUGUAAACAUUGGUGAAGGUAUUUUUGAGGUUAAAGCUACUGCUGGGGAUAGCCGUUUAGGUGGUGAAGAUUUUGAUAAUGCAAUGGUUACCCAUUUUGUUGGAGAGUUCAAGAGGAAACACAAGAAGGAUAUAAGUCAGAACCCUAGGGCUUUAGGGAGAUUGAGGGUUGCAUGUGAGAGAGCAAAGAGGAUUCUCUCUUCGGCCACUCAAACUUCAGUCGAUAUUGAUUGCUUGUAUGAGGGUGAAGAUUUUUCAAGCUUAAUAACUCGAGCAAAAUUUGAAGAGAUAAAUAUGGAUUUUUUCAAGAAGUGCAUGACAACUGUUGAAGCAUGUUUGAGCGAUGCAAACAUGGAUAAAAACAGUGUAAAUGAAGUGGUUCUUGUGGGUGGCUCCACUAGGAUCCCCAAGAUACAAGAAAUGUUGCAGGAAUUCUUUAAUGGAAUAGAGCUAUGCAAGAGCAUCAAUGCAGAUGAAGCUAUUGCAUAUGGUGCAGCAAUUCUUGGAGCUAAGUUAAGUGGUGAUGGUGAUGAAAUGGUGCGAGAUUUGCAGCUGGUGGAUGUAACUUCUCUCUCACUUGGCAUUCAAACAGUUGGUGAAAUCGUGACUGUUUUGAUCCCGAGGAACACUCCAAUGCCUACGAAGGUGGAAAAGACUUUUUCUACCACAUCUGAUAACCAAACUUGUGUUUUAGUCCAGGUAUAUCAGGGUGAGAGGGCAAAGUCUAAAGACAACUGUUUGUUGGGUGAGUUUGAGCUUUCUGGCAUACCAAUGGCUCCUAGGUGUGUACCACGUAUCAAUGUUUGCUUUGACAUUGAUGACAAUGGUAUACUGAGUGUGUCGGCUGAAGAAACAGCAAGUGGUCAGAGCAACAAGAUUGCAAUCAUCAAUGAUGAUGGGAAAUUGUCAAAGGAGGAGAUUGAAAAGAUGGUGAAAGAUGCUGAGAGAUUCCGAGCUGAAGACCAAGAGCAUAGGAAGAAGGUAGAUGCAUAUAAUGCUUUGGAGAGAUAUGCUUACUGUAUGAAAAAUAAAAUCAGGGAUUCAUCAGUUGUUUCUAGGAUGCGGCGUGAAGACUUGAAGAAAAUGGAGGCUGCAAUUGAGCAGGCCAUAUUAUGGCUUGAUGCAAAUGAGGAUGGUGAGGUCGCUGUGCUUAUGGAGAAGAAAAAAGCAUUGGAAAGAGUAUGCGAUCCCUUCAUAGUUGAGUUAUAUGAGUAG